AUGGUUGACGACAACAGAACCACUGAAAGGGUAGAAGCUUCUGAGGGAGGACAACCUCAUAGUAAUCUUAUCCUAAGACUCGAGCGCAAGAUUUCGCAAUUGAAAGAAGAGGUAGCCAGCAUGCAGUCCCAUCAGAAAGACAUCCUAAUAAAAACCCUAACUGAGAGAUUAGACAAUUUGACCAACAGGGUACAACACGUGGAAGGAAACAAAAAGUUGGGAGGAUUGGGCUAUGAGGAUCUGUGCAUGCAUCCUGAUGUGGAACUGCCCGAAGGAUACAAGCUUCCGAAGUUUGAGACGUUCAAUGGCAUUGGGGAUCCCAAAGCCCACCUACGAAUGUAUUGCGACAAACUUGUAGGGGUGGGGAGAGAUGAGAGGAUACCCAUGAAGUUGUUCAUGAGGAGUCUUACUGGGGAGGCCCUAUCAUGGUACAUUGAGCAAGACUCGCGGAAAUGGAUAAAAUGGGUUGAUAUGGCAACUGACUUCAUGAAUAGGUUUGGUUUCAAUAUUGAAAAUGCGCCUGAUUGGUUUUACAUUCAGAACCUAAAGAAGAAACCGACUGAAUCCUUUAGAGAAUAUGCCAUAAGAUGGAGGUUUGAGGCGGCUAGGGCCAGACCCCCUAUGGAAGAAUCUCAAAUGAAAGACUAUUUCAUCUGUGCCCAAGAACCACAAUACUAUGACCGAAUGAUGCUGGUGGCUGAAAAGAGUUUCGCUGAAAUCAUCAAACUAGGCGAAAGAAUUGAAGAAGGCAUAAAAAAUGGGACUAUCAUCAACUUGGAGGCUUUACAAGCAACCAACAAGGCUCUGCAAUCUGGUGGAAUGACAGAGAGUCGAAAGAAAACAGGUUCUGUAAUGAUGGCUCAUGGAACUAGGACCCCUUUGAGGCACAAGACAACAAACCCACCACCAUCCCCAUACCCUCACACCCCAUACCUUCACACCCCAUACCCUCAACAUCCCUCAGCUCCACCCCCUAUAUCUCCCCAACCCAUGCCAAUAUAUUACCAAAAUGCUCCUCCUCAAUAUUUGCAUGCCUCAUAUCCUGUCUAUAAUGUUCAACCAACACACUUCCAAACUCCACCACCCACUCAAACACCAAAUUACCGAAAUAGACCUUCCUAUGAAAGAAGACCUACAAAAACCUAUACCCCUUUGGCUGAACCCAUAGCACAACUUUAUGAGAGACUGAAACAGGCUGGGUACGUCUCUCCAAUUCCUGCAUUACCUGUGGAUGUUCGCGCGAAAUGGUACGACCCUAACAAGGUCUGCGCCUACCAUUCUAGAAUGAAGGGCCACACUACCGAAGUUUGCAGAGCCCUUAAGGAUAAGGUUUAA